UUCCUCACGAUGUUUUUAAAAUUCAUUAUUUUUACUACAUUUUGUAGUUUUACUUACAGUUUACCAGACCUAGCCAGAUUAAUUCGUAAAAAUGGGUAUCCCGCAGAAACCCAUACCGCGACCACUGAAGAUGGUUACAUCGUAACCAUGCACAGGAUUCCGCACGGCAAAAAUUCAACCGUUUCCGGUUCACCGGUUCUUUUGACACACGGUUUGGGUGCUAGCUCUGCGGAUUACGUUAAUUCCGGCCCUGGAAAAGGACUCGGUUAUGUCCUGGCCGACGCUGGGUACGACGUUUGGAUGGGAAAUGCCAGGGGAAACAGCUACAGCAUGAAGCAUGUUAGUUUGGAUCCUAAGAAGGAUGCACAACAGUUCUAUAAUUUUAGUUGGCACGAAAUCGGUUAUUAUGAUUUUCCAGCCCAAAUAGACCACAUUUUAAACAAAACGUCGCAAGAAAGCCUCUAUUACAUCGGUCAUUCCCAAGGAGGAACAGCUUACUUUGUUUUAACGUCUCAAAGAACAGAAUAUAAUAAAAAAAUCAAGUUGGCCUCUUUAUUGGCCUCCUCUGGCAUUAUGCAGCACGAAAAUAUCAUGCUUGAAUUUAUCAGCUAUUUUAUAGAACCUUUAGAAACGUUGGGAAAUUCCCUUCGCAUCUACAGUUUACCCUAUCCGGAGCUUUUAAGAUUUUUCUUGUCGGAAUUUUGCAUGGUUCAAGAGGAUAUUUGCUUUUUCGUUUAUAAUAUGAUUGUCGGGUAUGAUGAUUCUGCACAGUUUAAUAUGACAAUGUUACCUGGUAUUUUUAAAACAACUCCAUCAGCUUUUCCAUUGAAAUCCUUAUAUCAUUACGGACAAUUAAUUAAAUCAGGUGAAUUUAAGCAAUACGACUUUGGAAGCGAGGAAAAUAUGAUUCAGUAUGGUUCCGAAAAACCUCCAGUUUAUGAUUUUGCCAACAUUACGGCACCUACUGCGUUUUAUUAUGGAAAAAAUGACAUGAUCAUUGGCACAAAGGAUAUUGACACCAUGUCCUCGCUGAUCCCAAAUUUGGCUGGCAAAUUCAUGGUUAAAUGGGACAAAUGGAACCACAUGGACUUUUUGUAUGCAAUUGAUGUUGUAGAAUUGCUAUACAAUGAUUUAAUAAACUUAAUGAAGAAGUAUUAA